AAAAAUAUAGGGGGAAAAUGCUCGUGGUUUUGUGUUAGAUGGACUGAUCUUGCAAGGGAGGGCCUUCAAGGUGGAGCUCAAAGCGAGCAGGGACCUUGAGUUCGUUUUUCUUGCGGUCCUUCCUUAACAAAAUCUUGGGGUUGGGCAGAGGUUGGACUCAGCAAUGGCAUUCCUUCUUCCAGAGCGAUGCUCCUCCAUGAAGAAAGAAAACCCUUCCCAAGGUUAAUGUUUUCGUACAUUGCAGCUUUACUGGACUGCUUUUCCAGUUGAAUAUUAGUCAUGCUGAUGGAAUGGAGAAAUUGAGUAAUCAAGAACUUGAGAAUUUAGCUUCUUCAAUCCAUGAUCAGGACAAAAGCAGUGUAAAACAGGGCAGCCACAACAUUAACAUGUUUCCUUUGUGCAGAAAUCAUGGUGGGAGUAAACGAAAUCAAGGCUACUACAGUACACAAGAACAGUCUGGCAACAGUCCGAACAACUUGAGCAAUAGUUCACAAGUCCAAGCCCCAGAGAAAGUGACUCUUAUUGUAGAUGGAGCAAGAUUUGUUGUAAACCCACAAAUGUUCAUAGCCCAUCCUGAUACCAUGUUGGGAAGAAUGUUUGGACCAGGACGAGAAUAUAACUUCACUCGUCCAAAUGAAAAGGGUGAAUAUGAAAUUGCAGAAGGCAUCAGUUCUGCUGUUUUUCGGAUUGUGCUGGAUUAUUACAAAACUGGAAUCAUUCACUGUCCUGAUGGAAUUUCUAUUCCUGAUCUCAGAGACACUUGUGACUAUCUUUGCAUCAAUUUUGAUUUCAACACGAUCAAGUGUCAAGAUUUAAGUGCAUUGUUGCAUGAACUGUCCAAUGAUGGGGCUCAUACGCAGUUUGAUAGCUAUCUGGAAGAGUUAAUCCUGCCGAUAAUGGUUAGUAGUGCUAAAAAAGGAGAGCGUGAAUGUCAUAUUGUCGUAUUAACGGAUGAAGACAUAGUGGACUGGGAUGAAGACUAUCCACCUCCAAUUGGGGAAGAAUAUUCACAAAUUUUGUAUAGUUCUAAGCUCUACAGAUUCUUCAAGUAUAUUGAGAAUCGGGAUGUUGCAAAAUCUGUUUUGAAAGAACGAGGCCUCAAAAAUAUAAGAAUUGGCAUUGAAGGUUACCCCACUUGCAAGGAGAAAGUGAAAAAGAGGCCUGGAGGACGCUCUGAAGUGAUCUAUAAUUAUGUUCAACGUCCAUUCAUCCAGAUGUCUUGGGAAAAGGAAGAAGGAAAAAGUCGGCAUGUUGAUUUCCAGUGCGUUAGAAGCAAAUCUCUAACAAACCUUGUAAUGGCGGGUGAAGACAUAGCAGAAGAUCAAGAGAUUAUGUUGCAUCACCCUCCCCAGGUAGACGAGCUUGAUCGAUUAAAUGCACCACACUCUCAGAUGGAUGCUAAUGAAGUGGCAGAUUAAUUAAGCAGCACAAAUGGCUCUCAAAUGGACGCAACUGAGCUUUUGGGUGGGGACUUAACGCCCAGUUCAGAGCCGAAUUUUCUUGUCAUGGUUGCUAUAGUUUCCAAAUAUAGUCUCUUCAAGCCCAGAGGACUAUUUUUUUU